ACAGGGACUACUCAAGGAUCAUGAGAACAGCCAGGAUGCUACUUGAAUGGGUGAUACCAUGGCUCACUCUCUACCUUCCACUAUCUUCAGCCAGCACUGUUCAGAUGGUGACCAAAAUGCCAGUAAUUACAGAAGUGAGACUUGCUCAAAGAAACCAGAUCUGCAGUACAUGGGGUAACUAUCAUUUCAGGACUUUCGAUAGUGAUUUCUUCCAGCUUCCCUCCACUUGCAACUACCUCCUUGCAUCCCAGUGUAAGGGAAGCUAUGACAGUUUCAAUAUUCAGUUAAAACGGCAGGAGAUGAAUGGGGUCACCACCAUUGCGAAGGUCACCAUGAAACUGGAGGGGGUCGUUGUGGAAUUAGCCAACACUUCCAUCAAAGUCAACGAUAAACUUGUCACUAUACCAUUCAGUCAGGUUGGCAUUUCAAUUGAAAGAACUAUCUCCUAUGUCAAAAUCGAGGCAAAGCUGGGUUUGGUCGUCAUGUGGAAUGAAAAAGACGCCCUCUGGGUUGAGCUGGAUGCAAAAUUCAAGAAUCAGACAUGUGGCCUGUGUGGUGACUUCAACGGAAUACAGGUUUAUGAUGAGUUCAUCAAAACAGAAACAGGGGAGUCUGUAACUCUUGAAUAUUAUGGUGAGGCCUGGAAGGUCAAUGGUCCAACUGAAGCGUGUGAAGAAAUCUCCUCACCAGUCGCAAAGACCUGUGCAAGUGAAGUAAGAGGAAAUGGAUCUGCUGACCCACAUAAAAACCUCUGUGCGAACCUGCUGUCAGGACCUGCAUUGCUCAGCUGUCAAAACCUGGUUGCUACUGACUCCUUCAUGAGAGCCUGUGUGAAGGACCUGUGCCGCUGUAAAAACAGUACUUCAUGCUUGUGUUCAACCAUAUCAGAGUACUCCCGUCAGUGCGCUCAUGCAGGCGGGAAACCACAGCAAUGGCAGACAGCACAACUGUGUGCAAAAACAUGCCCUUUCAACAUGGAGCAUAAAGAAUGCAGUAGUCCUUGUACUGACACCUGCAGCAACCAAAAGAGAAGCCACGUGUGCGAGGAUCACUGCGUAGAUGGAUGCUUCUGUCCAAAUGGGACUGUCUUUGACGACAUUACACAAAGUGGGUGUGUUGCUGUUGACUCGUGCUCCUGCUUACACCACGGCAAGCCGUACAAGCCAGGGGAAUCAUACUCAAGGGCAUGUCGAAACUGCACCUGUACCCAGGGUCAGUGGCGCUGCAAAGAUAUGGACUGUCCUGGUGUCUGCUCUGUGCUGGGUGGCUCCCACAUCUCCACCUAUGAUGGUAAAACUUAUACUUUCCAUGGAGACUGCUCUUAUGUUCUCUCCAAGGAAACAAAUGGGACUUUCAGUGUCCUUGGUGAUCUGUCCACAUGUAAAAGAUCAGAUAAAUCAACUUGCCUGACUGCAGUCACCCUACUACUGCCUAAAUACAUGAUGAUUGUAGUAGAAGCCAGCGGACAUGUUUUGUAUAACAAACUGAUCACUCAGCUACCUCUUUUCAUGGAUGACAUUACGAUCUUCAAACCAUCGACAUUCUUUAUUGUAAUCCACACCAACUAUGGGCUUGAUCUCGAGAUUCAGCUUUCACCCAUUAUGCAGAUCUACAUCAAAGCCAGUGUUUCCAAUAAGGGACAACUCAUGGGUAUUUGUGGAGAUUUUAAUGAUGUGCAAGCUGAUGACUUCAGAACCACAAAUGGAUUAACUGAGGGAACGGCUGGGACAUUUGUCAACACCUGGAAGACCAGGACAAGCUGCUCCGAUGUGACAAACAUACUUGGGGACCCCUGCCUUUUGAGCAUAGACAAUGAGAAAUAUGCCAAACAUUGGUGCGCCUUGCUGUCGGACCCAAAAGGGAUGUUUGCAAUGUGCCAUUCUGUAAUAAACCCAAAACGCUAUCAAGAUUCUUGUAUUUAUGACACCUGUGCCUGUGAUAACAGUGAGGAGUGCAUGUGUGCUGCCAUAUAUUCCUAUGUCCACGCAUGUGCUGCUGAAGGUGUCUUAUUUAAUGGAUGGAGAAAAACCAUAUGCGAGAAAUACACGACUGGCUGCCCUUCUACUUUUGUGUAUGACUACCAAAUGACAAGCUGUGGUCGCACCUGCCGCUCUCUUAGUCAGUCAGACUUAACAUGUGCGGUUGAAUUUACCCCGCUUGAUGGCUGCGGCUGUGCUGAAGGAACUUACCUGAAUGAGGUGGGUGAGUGUGUGUCAGCCUCACAAUGCUCCUGCCAUGUGGGAGACACACUGAUACGCCCCGGGCAGGUCAUCAGCGUCCAUGGACAAACCUGCUCCUGUCAUAGUGGAGAACUAAGAUGUACAGGGAGCCAAAUAAGUGAAUCAUGCACCGAGCCAAUGGUUUUUUUCAACUGCUCAAACGCAAAGCCAGGUGACAUGGGAUCCGAGUGCCAAAAAAGCUGCCAGACACUGGACACAGAAUGUGUCAGUACACAGUGUAUGUCAGGCUGUGUAUGUCCUGCUGGCCUGCUCUCUGAUGGAAAAGGAGGCUGUAUUACAGAGGAGAACUGUCCCUGCACAUAUAAUGGAGACUACUAUAAUUCUGGACAGACUGUCACUGUGGACUGCAAUACCUGCACUUGCAAAAGGAGAAAAUGGGAUUGUACACUUCGUGAGUGUGAUGGAACCUGUACCAUAUAUGGAGAAGGGCAUUACAUCACUUUUGAUGAUAAGAAAUUCUCCUUUAAUGGAGACUGUGGCUAUGUCUUCGCUAAGGAUUACUGCGGGGACGAUAUGAAUGGCACCUUCAGGGUCCUGACUGAGAGCAUCCCAUGUGGAACAACUGAAAGCAUUUGCUCGACUGCUAUCAAGCUCUACUUAGGGAACCAUGAAAUUGUUCUUUCAGAGGAAAAUGUCAGAGUUAUCAAACAAAGCCAAGGGGUGGACAUACCAUAUAAAGUCCACACUAUGGGCAUAUAUCUCGUCAUUGAGGCAAAGAAUGGUCUUGUUCUCAUUUGGAAUAAGAAGACAACACUCAUGAUCCAACUCAAGUCCACAUUCAAGGGGAAAGUCUGUGGUCUAUGUGGGAAUUAUGAUGGAAACAUCAAGAACGAUUUUACCACCAGAAACAAAGAAGUUGUGGUUGAAGCCCUUGAGUUUGGAAACAGCUGGAAAGUGUCACCUACCUGCCCUAAUGCAAACACACUAAAAAAUCCCUGCAUGCUGUACUCACACAGGCAGGCAUGGGCAUUAAAACACUGCAGCAUUAUUAACAGCAAAGUAUUUGCUGGUUGCCACUCAAAGGUGGAUCCAAAAAACUAUUAUGAUGCCUGUGUGACAGACACAUGUUCCUGCAACACAGGAGGAGAUUGUGAGUGUUUCUGCUCUGCUGUAGCAGCCUACGCAGCAGCCUGUAAUGAGGCCGGAGCUUGCGUGAAAUGGAGAACUCCCACAAUUUGUCCUCUGUUCUGUGAUUUUUACAACCCCGAUGGAAAGUGUGAAUGGCACUAUGAGCCUUGUGGAAAAAAAUGCAUGAAGACAUGCCGGAAUCCCUCAGGAGUAUGCUACAAUCACAUUCCAGCAUUAGAAGGCUGCUAUCCAAGUUGCCCAUCUGAACGCUCUUAUUUGGAAGAAGAUACCAUGAAGUGUGUGUCACAGGAGGAAUGUGGCUGCUAUGAUAACGAAGGGAAGCAUUAUGAAGAAGGUGUGGUCAUGCCUCCAAGGGAAAAUUGUCAAAACUGUUAUUGUUCUUCAACAAAGGUUAAGUGCAGCUAUAAAGUCCAAGAAUCAUGA